CCCAUUCCAGCCGACGAUUUGCGAGGAGUUGGUGGUUUGAGGGUGAAGGUGGUUUCCCACGAUACACUUUGCGCCGGGUUCCGAGGAAUCUCGUCGCCCGAUGAAGCUGACUGGAGGAAUGAGGUUACUAACUCUUUACAUCUAAGAGUUUGCCACAAUGGGAAAUAGUAUUUCCAAAAGAAUUUAUCCCUGUUUUCUGAAGAACAGAAUGGAGACUAAGUGUGCUAGUCAAAACAAACACCACUUUAACCAAAACUCUACAUUAGAAAACUGUUACCAUCCUAGCAUCCAAGAUGUAGACAGCAGUGAUGAGGAGGCUGAAGAUAUGUUUUACAGGUUUGUGAUUCUUCAUGCUGAGGAGGAUACAGAAGAAGCCAUUAGAGUCCAAGACCUCUUACAAAAUGAAUAUUGUAUCAAACCAGGAAUCAUUUUUGCAGAAAUGCCUAGUGGUAGACAUUUGCUGGAAAAUUUAACUGAUGCCAUUAACGAUUCUGCCUGGAUAAUUAUACUGCUGACAGAAAACUUCUUAAGAGACCUUUGGUGUGAAUUCCAAUCCUACACUUCUCUUUUGGGUGCGCUGACCAUCCCACACAAACAUAACAGUGUGAUACCCAUGCGGCCACGGAAUAGACCACUCCCUUGGGAAAGGACUCCUUUCAUCCUACAGUGUGUUAAUGUUCUGCAAGAAGAUAGUCCUGGAUUUUCUGUUCAAGUAAAGAAAACUUUCCAAGAGGCUCGAUAUAGGCAGCAGGAAAAGGUGUGGCGGUACGGAAGAAAGAAAGAAGUGGCCCCAAAAAUCCUUUAGUGGUAAAGGUAGAAAGCAACUUUUCCUAACCAGCUGCCUUUCAGAAAGGCUGGAGUUAGAAUAGAGUGUUCACAACCAGCAUACGCUGACCGGCAAUGAUGGGAAAUACUAGCACAUCUGAAAAACAUUAUCUGGAAAAACAUUAG